AUGGCGGGGGCGCGCGGCGGGAAGGUCAGGCAGGCCGCGCCUGGCGCCGCAGAAGUGGACAAGCAGGGAAAAAAGCAGACCAAUUUGGACUGCUUCGUGUUCCGCACGUCCGACGCCACUCAGCCGAACGUCUCCAUGAACGGACACCACACGCCGGACACGAACGGCGAGCCCAGCCCCGCGAACGGCAGCACGGCCAAGGCAGCGGAGCGGGCGUCCAACGCCAAGGUGGAGGUGCAGGCGGAGGUCUUGGACCAGGCGUGCAGCGGGGCGGCCGGGGCAAGCGCAGGAGCUCCCCAGGAGCCCAGUGCUGCACCCAAGCAGCGGUUCCCGCGCGCGGCGGCGCCGAAAAACCUGCGAUACGACAGCGACGAUGACGAGAGACCUCGCAAGUCAGCGCCGCGCCGCGAGGGCGAGAACAUUAUGCCGGAGGGCGCCGCCUGGGGGAAGCGCCCCGACGGAGGGAUCCCUCUGCCGGUCCCUGGGGAUGGUCGCUGCUCGCGUACGGGCGGGAAGGGGCCAUCCUACCGUUGCAAGAGGCCCACGUACCUCGACACGCGGUUCUGCCACCACCACUACUUCAACUACUACCUAAAAAGCAACAAAAACAACGUGCAUAAGAAAACAAUCAAGAACGAUGAUAAGGGCAAGGCGCCCGAACCCCGCGCCCAUGUGCCGGAAACACCUUCCACCUCCGCGGAGCAGGACCCCCCUGCUUCACCGCGCGCGGAGCCAACGCCGGCCGUCAAGCGCUCCCCGUCGCCGGAGCCGGCUGCCGCCGAGACUGCGGUGCCGCGACCCGCGAAGAAGGCUCGCAAGGCCGCGCCGCCCAAGCCCAAGCCGCGCCCCGCCGCUUGCUCCGACGAAGCCCACAUUCGCAACAUGGAGACUGCCGCGGACGACAUCGCCGCGAUCGUGGCGCCGCUCGACCCCGCGACGCUGGCGGGCCUCGCCGCGCCCCGCGCACCGGCGGCGGCGCCCCGCGCGCCCGCCAAGCGCGACCCGAUCGCGGCCCCGCUGCUCGCGGCGCUGGACGCCUUCGGCGCGAGCGUCAGGGGGAGUUCCGCGGCGUUGUAUCCGCGGGAGGUCGACGUGGCGCGCGUGGCGCCCGAGGCGCUCAUCGGGCGGCAGCUGCGCAUCCUGUGGGACGGCGACAAGGACGAGGAAGGCAACUUCAUGGACUCGUGGUACAUCGGCGAAGUGGUGGCGUUCGACCCUCUCAGCAUGUGCCAUGUGGUGCGCUACAGAGACGGCACGGCCGCGCCGCGGCCCGCGCUGCUGGUUGCGGACCGGUGCCGCGUGCUGCUCGCGCCGGGCGAGGAGCUCCCGGAGCCGGACGCGGAGACGGUGCGCAUGUACGGGCUGGCGUUGGCGGCGCUGGUGCACGUGGUUGCGUGCCGCGGGAAGCCCGAGCUCGCGGACGCGGUGGCGCGGAUGGUGCUGCGGUCGCCGGACGACCUCGUCGAGCACGUGCGCAGCAUGGCGGCCGCUGCGGCGGCACAGGACGGGGCGUUUGGCGCCAACACUGCGCGCGCUGCCGCUACCGCGCUGCUGCACUACCGCCGGGAGGGCGCGCUGCAGGAGAACGGGUGCUUGACGAUGCAGGGCUGUCCUGCGGGCGCUGCGGUGCCUCCGGAGGCGUCCGUGGACGCGAACGGCGACGGAACGCAGCAGAUUGCUCUCGACUACGACGACUGCAUGGGGGCCGCCGUGAUGAGCGACAUGCGCCAGAAGUCGAACGUGCUGCUGCACAUAGCUGCGCGGAUGGCCGAGGGGCAGGCCGUGUCGCUGUCGGAGUCGGUGCGCGCCGGGGACGUCCUGUCGCACCUGACUCCGGCGCUGCACGUGCCGCAGGGGGAGGUGUGUUGGGUGCGGGCGGUGAACUCCGGCGCGGACGAGUGCUGGUGGCCCGCGAUGGCGACGACGUGGGAGGACGCGCUCGGCGACCUGGACGACGAGGGCCCGGACCCGAACGGCGCGGAGUGCGUGGCGGUGCGGCGUUUCGGGAAACACGACGUGGUUCUGGCGGCGCGGGCGCUCCCGGGCGGCGACGGCGCGGGGUACGAGAUCGCGGACUUCGCGGCGGGCAUCGAGGCGGGCGCGCACCGCCCGCAGCUGCCGGAGGGGGGCGGGCUGAGCGCUGUGUUUGCCGCGGCGAUGCAAGAGGCGCUGGCGUAUCUGAGGGAGGGCAAGCUGCCGGAGGAGAUGGUGCCGGCGUCGGGGGACGAGUGGUGGCUGCAGCGGGACGAGCAGGAGCGGCAGCGCAUGAUGGCCGAGAUGGGCGGAGACGAGAACGCGCCGCUGCCGGAGAUCCCCGAACAAGGUCUGGAAAUCGACCCGACGCUUCGACUGCUGGCGCCCGGACGCAUCGAGUACCUCAUGCCGAUGUACCACACGCGGAAGCACAUCUUCCCCGUCGGGUACGCGGCCGAGCGGCUCGCGAAGCUGCCGUCGGCAGGCGGGCAGGAGGUGUGGUGCCGUUGCACGAUCGAGGACGGCGACGGCACGGCGCCGACGUUCCGCGUGGCGCCGCGCGGAGGCAAGAAGACGUACGAGGGGCCGUCGCCGCACGCGGCGUGGGAGGCCUGCCUGUCGGACGGGGGCAGCAAGGACAAGAGGAAGGGGGGAGUGAGGGUGCCGGAGGGGAAAGGGGCGUCGCUGUUCGGGCUCGAGGAGUACAUGGUUCGCCGGUUCUUCAAGGCGCUGCCGGGCGCGGAGCACCUGCACGGGCACCACGGCUGGCCGUCCGGCGUCGGCCCGAAGAUGGCGGAGAAGGGAUGUCCCGAAGUUGCGCGGGCGCGGGCGCUCAAGUCUGUGGCCAAGGCCCGCCUGCCCGACGGCGUGAAGCCGCGCGUGCUCACGCACGUCCGCGAGGGCCGGUGCAACGCGUGCGGCCUCGAGGAGGACCACGACUACAACAUGCUGCUCCAGUGCGACCGCUGUCGCUGCCAUGUGCACAUGCACUGCUACGGCCUCGUAGACUCCCCCCUGACGUCGCGGCCGUGGCUGUGCAACAGCUGCGCGGUCGUGGCGUCGUCAACGCCCGAGGCGCGCGAGGCAGCGGGCGUGUCGGACCUGGCGGACCCCCCAGCUUGCGCUCUCUGCCCGGGAGUAGGGGGGGUCAUGCGAGCGACCAGCUGCGGCCGCUGGGUGCACGUGGCGUGCGCCGCGUGGUUCACGGCGUGCACGCUUCCAAGCGGCUUCGCCGGGCCGGUGACGGUUCUCUGGGACUCCCGGCUGCUCCAGGACCAGCAGAACCUGCGGUGUUCCCUCUGCAGGAGCCCGCACGGCGCCUGCGUGCAAUGCAGCGGACAUGCCAAGUGCACCACGUCCUUCCACGCCACGUGCGCGAUGGAGGCCGGCCUCACGCUGGUCCGCGAGGAAGUCGUCGGCGGCGAGGGCAAGGACGCGAUCAUCUGGGGCGCGGGCGAGCACGCCAGCGCUGCAGACGCGAAACCGUGGGUGGCGCCGCCGACGUUGCUGCCGAGCGACGGCGCCGAGGCGCAGGACGCGCGGCGUGCGCGCCCGCGGCAGCCCGCCGGCACACCGUUCCAGGGCGCGCAGCUGAUGGGGUACUGCCGCAAGCACGACUGCCCCGGCAAGCCGGACAAGCUGCGUGCGUCUGGCGUGCCGUGCGGGCCCGGGGCGCUUUUGCGCCGCCGGUUCAUCGGCCGCGCGUCGGCGAACAUCCGGCACCUGGGCUCAACGUCGGGCCCGGUGAUCGGCACCGGCACGCGCGCGGAUCCGCCGGCGCCGGACCCGGAGUGUCCGCUCGUCGCGAAAUACCCCCCCUGCACCUAUGACGCACCUGACGUGGACGGGGGCUGUGCGCGGGCGGUCCCGUUCGACCACCGGCUCAAGCGCGGCUUCCGCGAGCCUGCCGCGCUCGCGCACGCGCUCCGGAAGCGGCAGUACGUGCGUCCGACGCCUUACUUGGAGGGUGGCGCGCGGCUGCCGGGGCACGACGGGUGGCUGGCGAUGCUGAACGCGACGUCGACGUGCACGACGGUCGAGGGCUCCGGAGCCACGGCGAAGCGCAGCACGGAGUGCUGCCUCGGUGGCGUGCCGCUGUCGGGCUCCGAUGCGGAUGCGUUGGCGACGCUGUCGCAGGAGGACGCGUUCAGGCGCCUGCAGCCGUCGAUCGGGAAGCGCCUGACUGCGGGCAAGAGCCUCAUCCACGGCACCGGUGCCUUCGCGAAAGCGCCCAUUCGCGCCGGCGAGCCUGUGUGCGAGUACGCGGGCGAGCUGGUGCGCGACGUCAUGGCGGAGGUGCGCGAGCGCAAGCUGUACGACCGCAUCGUCGGUGCGGGGACCUACGUCUUCAAGCUCGACGAGAGCGCGUGCGUGGACGCCACUCUCAGCGGGAACAUCGGCCACCUCCUCAACCACUCCUGCGACGUCAACUGCUACUCGCGGCCCAUCACGAUCGCGGGGAAGAACCACGUGGUGCUGUUUGCGCUCAGAGACAUUCGGAUCGGGGAGGAGCUGACGUACGACUAUCGGUUCGGGGGGCUGGAGAAGCUGCCGUGCUCGUGCGGGGCGCCGUGCUGCCGCGGGGUCGUGAACCGGCCGGACGACGACGGGUGGCCGCCCGCGGAGACCGAGGAGGCGCAGGGCGGCCAGGUGAAGUACUUGGGAACGUGCGUGCAGUGA